AUGCAAAAUGAAUCGAUGCCGGCGGAGAGCGAUCCUCUCAUGAAUAUCGACGCAAGACUGACAAGGGCGCCAGCGAGGGCUGAAACCAUCCCCAGAAUCGAGAUUGCGACUUAUGCUGGCAUAGACGUAUACGAGUGCUACUGCAGAGGGUUUGAAUCGCGAAUUGUGAUGCGAAGAUGUCUCGACAACUGGGUGAACAUCACCCAGGUGUUUAAAAUCGCGUCAUUUUCCAAGACACAGCGAACAAAAAUUCUGGAGAAAGAAUCGAACAUGGUUAAACACGAGAAGAUCCAGGGUGGCUACGGACGGUUCCAGGGCACUUGGAUUCCGUUGGAAAACGCCCAGUAUCUGGUUCAGAAAUACAACGUCAACGACCUGGUAGUGUCCACGAUUUUAAAUUUCCAGCUCGACCCCUCAGACCCGCCUAUUCGACGCUCCAAAAACUCUCUGAUCAAAAAACAGUCGCCAGGAACCAAGAUUCACUCGCCAUCCAGUUAUAAUAAGACGCCAAAGAAAAACGGGGCUGCAACGAUCAAGAAACAGGGCAAAAAACGACCCAACAGCUCGAUCGGUAAUGUGGGUCAAAACGCUGCGAUUAAAAAAUCAUCCCAGAUUCACCCCAGUCCCUUGCAGAACCUGGCGUUCCAAACUCCUCAACAUCAACAACACAUCUCCAUGCCACACAAUAACUCUACUGUGAUAGCCCCAGAUCAGCAAACUCCAAUCCAUCCUUCCUCCUACGAAACCACUCAAAAACCAUUGCAGUUCUACCCGUACCCACAACAGCAACCGGCGUUUUUGACAUUCGAUUCUAAUAACCCCCAUCAACAGCAUCCGGUCAAAAGAGGCAAAAAACUGAGCAAACUUCCGUCAUCGAACCAGUUCCAGGCGCAGCACAGCUUUCGGGUCAUAAAACAACAGUUCAUGGAGCGAAAUAACUUUCAGGCUGGAAAGUCGAUCCCACACGCGAUGGUCACAAUCCAUCCGCAGCCCGCAGUGCACAAAACCUCGCACUCUAAUGGUUCCAAUGGUUCAAAUGGCUCGUCGAUUGAGUUGUUUUCGGCCCGUGAAGAACCAUCGCCAAUUUCGUCUCGCUCAACUUCGCCUAAGCUAAGAAAUCAGCCCGAGAUAGAAAUCAAAGGUGAUAUCGAUGAAAAACAUGUUUCUUCGGAAGAAUACAAAGAAAUUCUAUUGCAAGUUUUAUCAUCAGAUUACUCUACAAGCGAUUCGGAUUCUAUAAUGCUACCUGAAGAAUUGUAUCAUUCACCUCCAGAUCUGGAUAUAAACUUUACGAUUGAUGACCAAGGACACACAACGUUGCAUUGGGCAGCAGCUAUGGCCAAUGUGCCUUUGCUAAAACUGAUUUUGAGUCUUUCCGCUGAUAUCUCAUUGUGUAACCACCGUGGGUUCAACACAAUCACCAAGGCCUGUUUUUACAAUAACUGUUACAAAGCCGGUGUAUUUCCUAAAGUUCUAGAGCUCCUGAAGCCCUGUAUUAUCACGCCAGACAUGAAUGGUAGGCUUCCGCUUCACUAUCUGGUAGAGUUGAGCGUGAACAAAUCGAAGGAUCCGUUGGUGAUAAAUUACUACUUGGACACUUUACUUGAUGUUCUGGCACAAGAGGACAUUUCUUUGCUCCGAAUGUGUCUCAAUCAUCAGGACAGUGCAGGUAAUACAGUGCUUCAUCUUUCGGCUUUGAACCUAAACCUUGAGCUUUGCAACAAACUCUGCUAUCUGGGCGGCUCGAUGUCAAUCUUAAAUCUUGAACAUGAAACUGGAACCUCGCUUUUAGCAAGAUUCAAUCUGGUUCCGCCAUCCUCACAGGAAUUAGAAGAAUCCAUAUCCGAAAUGGUUGAAGAUGCUGAGGAUAAACGGGCAAGGCAGAUGAGGCUCAGCACCCCAGUGAUGACCAGAAAGAGAAACGGUAGUUUCGGUCAAAUCGACGAUAACACCAUUAUGAUGACUCAGGAUUUGACCUCGUUUUCCAGCAUUUCUAACUCAAUUGCAAAUACAUCAAAGGUGAAAAGUCCACAGCGCAAUGUUCUGGUUUCGGAGCCACUUUCGGUGUCUUCAACGCUCAACAAAGCUGUAAAGCCCUUACAUGCACCACCUUCAGUGCGACCUGGGCGGGCCCGUUCUACACAAGCUUUAGCAAAACAGCUAUCGAAGCUUACCGCCUCCUUCACAGACUCAGUGGACGACGAAAUAAGUGGACUAGACCUGGAGAAGGAAAAGAUUACAAGCAGAAUUGAGAGUACUCAGAAUUCUCUCAGUAACAACAGAGAUCUGAUGCAAGAAUUACUUCAAGGCAGGUCGGACACGGAUGUUUUACGUGGUGAUGUACAGAAACAAUCAGAUCAAGUGCGCUCUCACAUGUCGCAGCUGGCUAACUCGAUCGAAAAAUCGCAAGCGCUGGCCUUAGCUACAUGGGUUCACGAAGAAGAAUCGGCCGUGACUUCGAGCUCCAACUCCCCUCAAAAGGAAGGGCCAAUCAGUUCACCCGUGCGUGUCAUAGGACACCAUUUGUUAAGUCUGGGCUUGAAACUCACUUUACAGCAGCUGAAGCGUAAGCACGUCGUUGAAAAGAUAUCCAGAGAAAAAUCCGAGGUCUAUUCCUCUUCCAAGAUCAAAAAAUACCGAAAAUUGAUUGGUACAUCCAUAGAAGACAUUGACUCCAAACUGGACGACAUUGAAAAAGAUCUAAGUGCGACAGCUUAG